ACACAUAAAGAAGCGUCACGUCGACCAGCAUGAUGCAAGCCCUUCGCGUCGCGGGCGCGCGCAGCCGCCCGAUCCUCCGCCGCCAGCUCAAGGCGCGCGCGUACAUCGCGCCGACGAACCUCUACCAGCAGCCCACGCGCGUUCGCAUGCAGGCGCCGCCGCAGCGCGCGAUCGAGCUCGCCGCGCCUGCGCCCGACAUGUCCAUGUACUGGAAGGCCGGCCAAGGCCUCUUGUCGCUCGGGCUCGUCGUGGCCGCGAGCUCGGACGAUGCGCAGUGCGCGGGCGGCGACGACAAGACGACCGGCGACGCCUUGGCCAAGCUCCAGACGUUCUUGACCGACUUGACGAAGACCGUGCCGACGUCGCCCGAAGACCUUCAAGCGCGUGUGAACGACUUCCUCGCGUCCGGCCAGGGCGGUCAGAUCUCCUGGGGCUUCAUGAUGGGUGCGUGCUCGGGCUUUGCGCUCAAGAAGGUCUCGAAAGUCGGCGCCGUCAUGCUCGGCUGUGCCUUUAUGGCCAUGCAAUGCGCGAGCUACUACGGGUACCUCGACGUCAACUACAAGAAGCUCGAGCGUGACAUCACCGAUAUGCUCGACAUCAACAAGGACGGCAAAUUCGACGCCAAGGACGUCCAAGUCAUGUACAAGAAGAUGAUGGACAUCCUCGAGUUCAGUCUCCCCGCGGGCUCGGGCUACGCGGCGGGCUUCCUCGUCGGCUUCCGCUCCGGCUAACGCCUGAUGUUGCUUCAAAACGACAUUCAACCCUAACCACGAAUAUACUUUUGCCC